GCCACGCCAUGGCCAUUAUUAUUCUUGUGCCGUAAUUCAACUUAUUUUAAUUCAGCAAUCAGCUCCCUUCGAUCUCCCUCACCCCGCCACGAUGACCUCCCUCUUCUUCUCCACCCCGGUGGACAUCGACGUUGUUCUCGAAGAUAGCGAUGAACGCCAAACGGUGGACGUCAAAUUGGACAAGGGUCGUCGCGAGAGGGUCCCUCUCUACAUGGACGGAGAGUCGGUCAAGGGUGCCGUGACUGUCAGGCCCAAGGAUGGAAAGCGAUUGGAGCACACAGGCAUCAAGGUGCAGUUCAUUGGCACGAUCGAGAUGUUCUACGACCGCGGCAACCACUACGAAUUCCUCUCGUUGGUUCAGGAGCUUGCCGCGCCUGGCGAACUGCAACACCCCCAGACCUUCCCCUUCAACUUCAAGAACAUCGAGAAGCAAUACGAAUCCUACAAUGGUAUCAACGUCAAGCUUCGCUACUUUGUCCGGGUGACGGUCUCCCGCCGCAUGGCCGACGUGAUCCGCGAGAAGGACCUCUGGGUCUACUCGUACCGCAUGCCCCCGGAGACCAACAGCCCCAUCAAGAUGGAUGUCGGCAUCGAGGACUGCCUGCACAUCGAGUUCGAAUACUCCAAGUCGAAGUAUCACCUGAAGGACGUCAUCGUCGGGCGCAUCUAUUUCCUCCUGGUGCGGUUGAAGAUCAAACACAUGGAGCUGUCGAUUAUCCGGCGUGAGACGACGGGGUCGCCGCCAAACCAAUACAACGAGAGUGAAACUCUGGUGCGGUUCGAGAUCAUGGAUGGGUCGCCCUCGCGAGGUGAAACCAUCCCCAUCCGUCUCUUCCUCGGCGGAUUCGACCUGACGCCCACCUUCCGCGAUGUCAACAAGAAGUACUCGACACGGUACUAUCUCAGCCUGGUGCUCAUUGACGAAGACGCCCGCCGCUACUUCAAACAAUCCGAAAUCGUGCUGUACCGACAAGCCCCCGAGAUCGCCACCACCCCGCAAAUCGCCCAGCAGCAGCAGAUCCAGCAGCAGCAGUUGCUCCAACAGCACCAGCAGCAGUUGCCCGUGGGCUCGGCCACGCCCGGCCCUGGUCGUAGCGAGGCGCAUCAGAACCAUUAUCAGCAACAGCAACAGCAACAGCAACAGCAACAGCAACAGCAACAGCAACAGCAACAGCAGCAGCAGUCGACUCAGCCUGUUCCUGCGCCGGCGGCUUAGGUUUUGUUUCUUGUUGUAGAAUUAUCGAGCUGCGGUCGUUGAUUGUGUACUCGGUUUCUGUGCAAAUGGGGAUCAGGGGCAUGGCCUUCGGCGGCGGAUUUGUACUUACUUAU